GGCAGGCGAGGCCCAGGCCGACGGGGGCCGCCGCCCUCUCAGUCGCCACCGCCCGCGCCGCCGCAGCCAUGACGCUGGAGUCCAUGAUGGCCUGUUGCCUCAGCGACGAGGUGAAGGAGUCCAAGCGCAUCAACGCCGAGAUCGAAAAGCAGCUGCGGAGGGACAAGCGCGACGCCCGCCGGGAGCUGAAGCUCCUCUUGCUCGGUACAGGGGAGAGUGGGAAGAGCACAUUUAUUAAACAGAUGCGGAUAAUCCAUGGCUCAGGCUACUCAGAGGAGGACAAAAAGGGUUUCACCAAGCUGGUGUACCAGAACAUCUUCACUGCCAUGCAGUCAAUGAUCAGGGCCAUGGAGACCUUGAAGAUCCUGUAUAAAUAUGAACAGAACAAGGCUAAUGCACUGCUGAUCCGAGAAGUGGAUGUAGAAAAGGUUUCGACCUUUGAGCAGCCCUACGUAAGUGCAAUUAAGACAUUGUGGAAUGACCCGGGAAUCCAGGAGUGUUACGACCGGCGGCGGGAAUACCAGCUCUCUGACUCAGCAAAAUACUACCUUACAGACGUGGAUCGUAUUGCCUUGCAAGGGUACCUCCCCACCCAGCAGGAUGUAUUGCGAGUCAGAGUUCCAACCACUGGGAUCAUAGAGUACCCCUUUGACCUAGAGAACAUUAUCUUCAGAAUGGUGGAUGUCGGGGGUCAGAGAUCAGAACGGAGGAAAUGGAUCCACUGUUUUGAAAAUGUGACUUCCAUCAUGUUCUUAGUUGCUCUUAGUGAAUAUGACCAAGUUCUGGUGGAGUCUGAUAAUGAGAACCGGAUGGAGGAGAGCAAAGCCCUGUUCCGGACCAUCAUCACCUACCCCUGGUUCCAGAACUCGUCCGUCAUUCUUUUCCUCAAUAAAAAAGAUCUGUUGGAAGACAAGAUAAUGUACUCUCACCUGGUGGAUUAUUUUCCAGAGUUUGAUGGCCCCCAAAGAGACGCGCAGGCAGCCCGGGAGUUCAUCCUUAAGAUGUUUGUGGAUCUCAACCCUGACAGCGACAAAAUUAUCUACUCUCACUUCACGUGUGCCACAGAUACGGAAAACAUCCGUUUUGUCUUUGCUGCCGUCAAGGACACCAUCUUGCAGCUCAAUUUGAAGGAAUAUAACCUCGUCUGACCUUGAGUUGCCUGCCCUCUCCCCUCUCUCCCACCUCCUCGGGAGACCUUUUUGUCAUGAAGAAAGUAAGAUGAGAGAGAACCCCAUGAAUUAAAACAAAAUGUACAGGGAAAAAAACCAAAAUCUUAAUUUUUAAUGAUGUAAUGAUUGCAAAUUGUCUAAUCUGUGGAGUGGCAAGUUCUUUUUGCUCACUGUUUCCUUGGGACUCUCACGUCUGCCCCACAGAAUAGCUGAUUUAUUAUUAUUUUUAAACAAAUUUGCUUUUAUUUCACAGUUUAAGACAUCAACUGGGGGCACAAUUUGCACUGUUCUCUGGCACGUUGUUUAAUUUCCUGCUUUCUUGCCAAAUUGUCAAGGUGGCUCCAUCUUGGCCUUCAUCAUGUUGCAUUAGUUCUUUCUGUUCCAGUGGUAGAGAUCCCAGGCUUUCCAGCCAAGGUCACAUUUUCACUGGACUUGUGGGAUUCUGGUACUUUCCAUCUUGUGCCAUAGGGUUUCUUGGGUGUGAUUUGCUCACUGUGCCAGCUUUCUCCCCUGGGAAUGCCUCUUCCUGAAGGGGUCACUCCAGACUUGCUAAUAUCAUCUUGGUCUUGGGUGGAAUGGGCGCUCUCCCACAGUCACACAAAACAAGCCAUCUGUUCUCCCCACACACAGACACACACACACACCUCAUUCUUUGCACCAUUUCAGUCUAGAUUCUCAAUUGUGAAAGCUACAUGGAGAUUUAUUUUUUUUAAACAAAUUAUUCUAUACAUAGGUUGCUACAUAUGCUGUGUUUUUUGUUCAUAGAUUACAAACCAAGCAAUAGUUAAUGAGCCUGGGGAAGUGCCUGAUUGUGGUUUUUUUAAUUUUUAAGAAAAAAAAAGUAAGCUUACUUUAGCAAAAUCCUUACCCAGUGUGAGAUGCAAAGGUGUCCCAGGGGAUGAUGUCUCUUAGGCAGUGAAGCUAGAAUUGUGCUGCAGAUUUCGGUCCUGGCUCCAUCUCCUGCUUCCUGCCCAGUCUGUCCUAUUUUCAGGAAGGAGCAGCAGGUCUUCAGAAACUAUGAAAUCUCUGUGGUGCAGAAGCAAACUAUGAAAUCUCUGUGGUGCAGAAGCAAAAGGGAGCCAUUUUGAAUUUACAUUGCCAUGGCUUGCAUGAACAGAAGCUUCUGUCCCGCUCCCACCCCGCCUACUUUGGAAAACUUUGUCCUAGCAGAAGCGCUUGCACAGUUAUUUCUUCCAGGGCCCAGAGAGCGGCAUCUGUCAGGUUGAAUCCAGAUUCAGUGAAUCUGUUUUGGAAUGGUGGGGAAGUCACUGAGAUGGCAACAGCCGUGAAGCAUGCAGGAUAGAAAAGGCUCAUAAUCUGGACCCCUGGUGCCAAAUGGAUUCCUGUAAAAUGUGCUUGAAGCCAAAUAGGAGACAGUGCCAAAAACCUUCUGCUAAUCUGUUGGCAAGAUCCACUGCAGUUCUGCAAAAAAAAAAAAAAAAAAUCCUUGCGGAAGGAAUGGCAAGGCUCUUUCUACUUGCUCUUUAGGUUUGCAGCGUUUGGGUGGUAUUAAUGUGAUCCAAGGACAGUGAACAGUCAGUUUCCCAGAUGACCACUUGAGACUUUGUUUUCUUUCUUUUUUUAAAAAAAAAGCCUGCUGCUAAGGGUAUGCAUCAGAUACGCUUUUAUCUCAUGUAAAGCAACACUAGGUGAAUUUCUUUGCACAAGAUGCAUUUGGGAUGCCUCCCUCCCCCUUUUCCUUGGUACAUUUUGGAGACUUAACACUAAAAUCUAGGUUGGGGUGGGGGUGCCAUUGGCGGGUUUCGUGGGACACUACAGCAGCAAGCAGGCACAAGCCACACUGAGAAGGGGAUUCCUGGGGAUUUUGCACAUCUGGCAUGCCAUUGUGUUCUUAAAACGGUGAUGCUAGCGAGCAGGAAAACUUAAGACCUUCAAGAGGUCCUGUUAGGUCGAUGAAGAGAAGGAUGUGGAGCAGUUACUGCUGCUUGGUAGAAUAACCAACAUUCCAGAUAUAUGUUCUGAGUUUUUUUUUGGGGGGGGGGAUGAUGAAGGAGGGGGCUUCCUGCAGAGGCUUUGCACAGAUCAUGUUUCUGCCAAAAAUGACAUUCAUUCUGUUCUGUGGGAGAAGUUCUAUUCUAACAUGGUAUUACCUCCUGUCAGCAUCACUCUCCUGGAGUCCCUCCUGCUUCCUCCAUCUGCACAGUGCCCACUGCAGGCAUUGCACCUGUAGAGCCAGGAGCUGAAGAGCAGGCCGGACCUAUUUGCUUGAAGUGGCUAUGGUGUGGGCUCUCAGGCCUGACCCAGGUCUGGCACAUCGAUUCACUCUCAUUUGUUGAAUGAGCCACCAGCCCUCAGCAGAGGUGGACGUCUUACAGUUCUGAGUUGCCACUGCCUUGACACAGAAUGGGGAGAAGAUGGCCGUUUACUUGAGCACAUCUCAGCGAGUGGUUCUCUGUUUUCUAGGCCUCUUCACGUGUGUCGGCUUUUCCACUAGGUGGGUGUUUGCUCACACAGAAUAUCAAAUCCACCUUGGCUUUCCCUUCCUUGCUGUAGUGAUGGGAGCUGCUUAAGGGUUGAGGAGUCCUGGAAGCCAAGACACAGUAUUUUUGAAAUGUGUGUGGAGGAGCAUGGAGUUAAGGUGAGGGAAGCCAUCAGUUGGCCAAGUUGUGUUCAUGGUGCACUUUAAGGAACAAGAAAGCCCUGCUGAAGACACAGGAGUCUGCUCUCCAAACCUUCCCAGUCACCUCGUCAUGUGCAGGAAGAGGAUUGCAAAUGCAUCAUUCCACUUCCUUGCAGGACUUCAAAAUGAUUGGCCAAAAUAGUGAGCAGUUGCCCCCUCCCCUUUUGGACUUGUCUUCCCUUCCAUGGAAUUUAAUUCUUUUGUCUGUCAUUGCCUUCAAUUCUGUGUGUGUGCGUUUUUCUUACAUGUUUUUAUUACUACUUCGAAAAUGUGCUCUUGUUUGGCGUGUGCGCGCUGGCCAUUAAUUGUAUUGUGCUUCACAGAAACGAAGGUUGUUUUUUGAGCCCAGCGGAGGUUUAAGUCUGUAACUCAGUACUCCGUUUGUGUGCGUGUGUAUGUGUGCGUGCGUGGUUUUUUUAAGCGUUCUGGUUUGUGCCAAUAUCCUCCCUCCUUUCUUUCUUUAGAACCAGAGACUCUUUUACAAAAGUGCCAGUGUGGUGGAGAUUUUAUUUGGUUAUACUUGUAUAUUAUAAGAAAUCCUGAUUUAAAAGAGGAAGAAAAUAACCAUUUAAACAAUUAUCCUAUUUAAAGAAAGAAGGAAAAAAUACUAUAUAAAAUGCUGUUUUUAAAACCUUUUUUGUCAUUUUGAAACUGCAUGUGGUGUUAAUGCGUGGGGGGGGGGGGCGGGGGGUUCCGAAGGGUGUGGCCUGGGAUCAAGCUUUGCCCAUCUCCUUGUCUCUCUCUCCAGGAUGUGAGGCAGAAAUGGGGGUUCUUGGGGGGCUGCUGACCCUCAUUGUUAGAAGUACCUGAUGGAAAUCGAUUUUCAUAUCUUUCUCCUGAAAUAAAUUGUUUGAAAUUGGAAUAAAAUUUGUUCCUUAAAAAAA